CAGAAACUUGAGAGAAGACUGUGAAAACCCACUUCACUAAGUGGUUUCAUGUAUUGGAAUUGGUCACCACCAACUAUGAAAGCUUUCAGAUAUCAAGCUUUAUCUCAACUCUAUAUAAGGCCUAGAGCAGACAAUGGAUGUCUGCAAGUGAGAAAACAAUGGCUUCCUUGAGUGUGUUUCCUGCAGCCUUUGCCAUGAGCCUCUUGUGUUUCUCUCAUUUAGCAUUAGCUUUCCCAGGUGACUACUACUGGGGAGGGAACUAUGAUCUGUGCCCUGGGUUUUAUGAGUACACAUGCCCACAAGUAAAUGAGAUUGUAAUGUCUGUGUUGGAGACGGCUGUCUCUCAGAACCCAAGAAUAGCUGCUGCAUUGGUGAGGCUCCACUUCCAUGAUUGCUUCGUGCAGGGAUGUGAUGCAUCCGUUCUGUUGGAUGAUAGCCCAAAGAUUGUCAGUGAAAAAAAUUCCAACCCAAACAAGAACUCGCUUCGAGGAUUCGAAGUCAUCGACCAGAUAAAAUCUGAGCUGGAGGCAGAAUGCCCUGGCGUUGUUUCAUGUGCAGAUAUCCUUGCUCUUGCUGCAAGAGGAUCCACGAUUCUGGCUGGUGGACCAAAGUGGGAGCUGCCAUUAGGAAGAAGGGAUUCAAAGACUGCGAGUUUGACCUUGUCCAACGUCAAUAUCCCUCCACCAAACUCAACUCUCCCAAACCUCAAAAACCUGUUUGGCCGUCAAGGCCUUGAUGAAGUAGAUCUUGUUGCACUCUCUGGUGCCCAUACAAUUGGGGUGGCAAGAUGCGUAAACUUCAAGCAGAGGCUCUACAACCAGAAUGGAAAUGGGCAACCAGACGCAUCUCUGGAGCAGACAUUCUAUCAGAAUCUAAAGACAGUGUGCCCUAUCUCAGGAGGGGAUAACAUCAUCACCCCCUUGGAGUUUAUAAGCCCCAACAGGUUUGAUAACUACUACUACAAGCUCCUUCUCUGGGGGAAGGGACUGCUAAACUCAGAUGAAGUUCUCCUCACUGGAGCUGGUUCAGACACCACCAUGCAACUUGUUAAAAGCUACGCAGAAGAUGAAAAUCUUUUUUUUGAUCAAUUUGCAAAGUCGAUGGUCAAGAUGGGGAAUAUCAAUCCACUGACUGGUUUCAAUGGUGAGGUCAGGGCCAACUGCCAUAAAGUUAAUUGAAGAGUUCCAGUGUACCUUAGGAUGCUCAUGCUUGUGCUUGAAUCUUGUGGUUUGUCGAGCCAUAAUGGCUGUUUGUGUUGGAUUCAGAUUGACUUCUGAAUAUCAUUUCUUAUGUUUUGAUUGACUUCCCUUAAGUGAAUUGACUAAACUUUCCCAGCCUUCAAGAGCC